UUGUCCCGUAAUUGUCUCAAAAUUCAUCCAAAUUAUAUCAAAGAAUUUGCAAUUAAAAUAUUAAAUUUGAAACCUCAUAAUGCCAGUUGUAAACAAAUACAUUCAACUUUAAAAUGGUUUAGUGAAAACUGGCGAGGUAGAUUAAAUGUUACUUGUUUGGAAUCAAUGGCCAAAAUCUAUUCAUGGUAUGUAAUAAAUUCAAAAAGUGAAUUAAAAUAUUUAUCAGAUGAGUUAACAGAAGAAGAAAUUAAAUAUAUAGUACAUAAUAUGAACCAAUCUGAUAAAUAUGAUGAGUUUUUAUUAGAUGAAAAUAAUGAAAUUUUGAAUGAAAUGAAUGUGUUAUAUUCUGAUAUAUUACCAGAAGAUCAAUUAGAUAUUGAUCAUAUAAUAAAUUUACAAUAUAGAUUAUUUAAUUCACAACUUCAAUCAACUGAUACUGUUGUUAAUAAUAUACAUAAUAAUGAAUUUCUUGGUAAUAAGAAUUUUGAUGUUGAUGAAGUAAUGAAUGAAUUUGAUGAUAAUUUUUUUGAAUAA